CCAGAGCUGCAGCCAAGCCGGGGCUGCCGGGAGCCGGGUGCGAACUCGCGCAGGCAGCGGAGUCCCGCCGCCCCUCUGCCUAAUGAGCUGCACCAGAAUGAUCCAGGUUUUAGAUCCACGGCCUUUGACAAGUUCGGUCAUGCCCGUGGAUGUAGCUAUGAGGCUUUGCUUGGCUCAUUCCCCACCUCUGAAGAGCUUCCUGGGCCCUUAUGAUGACUUCCAACGAAGAAAUUUUGUGAACAAAUUAAAGCCUCUGAAGCCGUGUCUCAACAUAAAACAGGAAGCCAAAACCCAGAACGACUGGAAGCCUUCACACAACCAAGCCAAGAAGCGGGUGGUGUUUGCGGACUCCAAGGGCCUCUCCCUCACCGCCAUCCACGUCUUCUCGGACCUUCCGGAAGAGCCAGUGUGGGAUCUCCAGUUUGACCUCUUGGACCUGAACGAUAUCUCCUCAGGCUUAAAACUCCACGAGGAGAAAAACUUGAUUUUAGAUUUCCCUCAGCCUUCAGCUGAUUACUUAAGUUUUCGGAACCACUUCCAGAAGAACUCUGUGUGCCUGGAGAACUGCUCUUUGCAGGAGCGAACUGUGAUGGGGACUGUGAAGGUGAAAAACAUGAGCUUUGAGAAGAAGGUUCAGAUCCGGAUCACUUUUGAUACCUGGCAGAGCUACACAGAUGUGGACUGUGUCUACAUGAGAAACGUGUACGGUGGCUCGGAGAGUGACACCUUCUCGUUUGCCAUUGACCUACCCUCCGUCAUCCCAACGAAGGAGAAAAUCGAGUUCUGCAUCUCGUACCAUGCUAACGGGCGGGUCUUCUGGGACAACAAUGAGGGUCAGAAUUACAGAAUUGUCCACGCGCAGUGGAAACCUGAUGGAGUGCAGACGCAGAGGGCAGCCCAGGACUGCGCCUUCCACCAGGCGUCCCCCAAGGCCGAGCUGGAGUCGACAGUCUUUGGCAGCCCGAGGCUGGCCAGUGGGCUCUUCCCAGAAUGGCAGAGCUGGGGGAGGAUGGAGAACUUGUCCUCUUACCGAUGAAUGAAGCACCUAGUGGCUGGUCUUGACCUUAUUCCCCAUGUAAUUCUAGGUCUGUGUUGCCAAUAUUAGGAAGGCAUCGCUACUUUCCUUCAGUAGGUUUAGCUUGGAACUUUUGAGACCUGGCUACAAAAAAGGUAGCCCCUUGAGAAUUUAGUGUGGGGUUCUAUAUGGACGAUGCUGCCCCAUUUUGCUGUGGAGGAUCAAGGAACAGCCUGGAAACCCUAUUUUUAUAAAAGUAAUACAUUGUCGGUGCCCUUUUCUCCUUCCCUCUCAAUUCACUCGCUUUCACGUUGGGCAAGAAAAGGUUGAGGAAGGACAGUGGAUGGUGACAGAAAGCUGUGUUAAUGGUAUGAGGAAUGUCUGAAAAGUAUACUCGAAGGGCUCUGCAGCUCAGGUCAGAGUAGGAGCGAGAGGUCUGAUACUUAACUGUCGGUGAGAAAAAUGUAAGGUUAUUUUGUGUUUUUAAGUUGGUUUUACAGUUCUCUCCCAGGGAAGUAAUUUGUAGAGGGGAGAAUAACAUCCAUUCUAUGUAUUCUUGUGGAGAAAAACCCAGACAAACUUUAGGAGUGUUGGGUGGUACUGGGGAAAAGGAAUUAUAAUUCUGGGGAAUCAAGAUCGUACGCAAAGCCUUUCUGUUCAAACGUGACUUAACAAAAAUCAUGAUUUGGGGAAAGCUUAAGCAAAUCUGGCUUUGCAGUCCUAAUGGGAUAAGUGACCUUGCUUGUGAUCAAGGUACCAUGCUUGGGUUCUCAGUAUAGAUGCUGCCUGACCAAACAUAAGAUGCAGCUGUCAUCACCUAAUACUGUAUUAGGUGAUGCCAUCAUCAUUGGCCAACAACUCGUAGGGACUCUAUGUCAUGUCAAGGAUCGCUCUUUGCCAGUGCCUUGAUUAAACCAGAAUGUUGUAGUUGCUUAACCCGAGUAUGUGAAGGGUCAUCGGAUAACCUGUGAGCGUUUGGCCUCAUAAGAAGACCCACUCUGUAUGCUGGCAUUCCUCCUGCAAAACUGUUGUAUCUUCAAGAGUGUUGUCAGUGUACACAACUCGCAUCCUUCAUAUUGAAGGUGACUCAUUUUUCUGCCACACUUUUUCGAUGUGAUGUUGGAAGUGAGGAUUGACACUGAUUCUCAAUUUAAGAAUCCAGUACCUUGCACAUAAAAGUAGCCAUUUCUGUUUCUUGCCUAUAUUCUUCUUGUUAUUUUAAGUCUUCCUACCAAUAUCUUUAAAGUCAACAUUUUUUUUUUAAUGGAUGUGAAUUGUUUUGGGUGUGUUGUAAUAUACUUGUUUUGGAGUGUGCAUAAAUCCAUUCUGUAAAAUCUUCAGAACCGGAGCCUCUGAAUGUUUGCUUCUAUCAUUGUGCACGUCCACUGAGGUGUUCUGAGAAUGCAGUUAAUUUUAACACGUGACUUGCCAUGCUGGAAGCGUGCUAGUGGAAUAACUCUGCUAUGACAAUAUUUGAAGUUUGGCUAGCACCCACAAUUUUUCUGCUCUAAAUAUUUCACUCUCCUAUAGCUAUCCUCUGUGAACUUCUCACUUUAAAAAUAAAAAUGUUUGGUAUAAGA